UCCUGACAUCAUACUAAGUCCGGGAGAUCUUAAGGUAAUACAUCUUAUGGCAGAAGAGGCGAUGAAACUUCUUGUAACGCUUGACGAUGCAGAUAUCUGGCGUAUCAGCUGCUUCGUAAGUGUCCACAGCGUUCACGAGUUCUGCAACGAAGUUGAUAGGUGUCGUGUUUCCAACGGCGAUUAACGGAAAGACAAUUAAUGCACCGAAGAUGAUUGACCGUCUCAUCGUUUCCGGUUCGCUAGAAAUGAAAUGUCUGGAAGCAUGAAGUUUUGUUAUCAUAAUCCUGAAGAUUCAAAUACAGUACACGAAGAAAAUGCUGCAACGGCGUUUGAUGCAGUAGUUAAUAUUAUGGUCUCUUAUGACAUGGGAUGGACAAUCAGAGGCUGCGGUAGAGACUAUGAUAAUUUGAAUGGUUUUGGCUCUAUCGUUGGCGUAUUGAGUCGCCAAAUACUCGAUUAUUCAACAUGCAAUAGAAAAUGUAAAAAAUGUGAUAUGGGUCGUACUCCACUUGAUCACAACUGUAGAUUGAAUUAUUGGGACUCAUCAAAAGCAAUGGAGGCUCACGUUGCGAAUAAACAUGUCAACAAUAGCUCUAUUUUGAAAUCAAACAAUUUGCAAGUAGGUAUUUUUGUAGGCGACGAUGAUAGUUCUUCGAUAAGUGCUUGCCGUGCUGGCUCUUCCCAUCCAAUAGGAAAAUUGUCAGAUACAAAUCAUACUUCAAAUGGAAUUAAAAGACAACUAUACGACAUCGAAAAAACCCACAAUGAAUUAACUAAAAAUGAUAACGUAUUUACAUCGAUGCUUUACAUAUGCCAUGUCUCAACAUAGAGGGUACAGGAAGGCUAUGACGGAAGCAAUUCGAUGUAUUCCGUAUCAUGCUUUUAGCAUCAGAAAUGUGGUCAAUGGUGUGGAUUUAUUCAAGAUCGAGAAAAUUACGAUCAUAGGAUGGUCCCUGGAGGUUUUCAAGAUGAACUGUUAUUUAAAGCAGUUAAUGGAAUUUUUGAAAACUUGGAGGCUAAUGCAGAAAAAUUUUCUAUAGGCGUUUCAAGUAAUAUUAACGAAUCUCUAAACGCCAGUAUGGCACAUAAAGUUCACAAAGCCAAAUGCUUAAGUGUCACAGCGUCG